AACAAUCGUUAGAUCUAUCGUCUUCUGCUCAAAAUUUGAACUGUUUAUCUCUAUAUUUGUUUGAUUUCAAUGGGGUAUCGUACAAGGCUUAGCGCUGUGUUCGGUCUCUUGAAAGACAAGGGUUCAAUGAUCAAAACAACCUUGUCAACAAAGCGGCACAAAGCUUCUGUUCGUCGCGUCAUUCUACGCGCCACCACCCACGGCUCCUACGUUCCACCUGCAGAUCACCGAAUCGCCGCCGUUAUCGCCCUCGGACACGGUUCACGUGCCACCGCGUGCACAUGUAUCCAAGCCGUCAUGGACCGACUACACCGCACCAGGAAUUCAACGGUUGCUCUGAAAUGCCUCUACACGAUCCAUAACAUUAUAGGGAAAGGGUCAUAUAUCUUAAAAGAUCAGCUCGCGAUGUACCCUUCGUUUGGGGGUCGGAAUUUUCUCAAUUUGUCGACGUUCCGAGACGAUUCCGAUCCGGAAGCAAUCGAAAUGUCGGCGUGGGUCCGGUGGUACGCCGGAAUGUUGGAACAAAAUUUGAUGGUUUCGAGGAUGUUAGGCUAUCACCUUAAUUCUCCUCCACGGUCCAAGAAUCGAAAUAAGAUAUUGGACUCGGAAUUACUGAAGGAAAUUGAAGUUCUUAUUAAUUUUGCCGAUCAUUUAAGUACUGUGCCCGACUCGCUUUAUCUUCAACGGGAGAGCUUGGUGUACGAGUCUGUGAGAUUGGUUAGCGAAGAUUAUAGAUUAGUCCAACGUGAAAUCUUUGUCCGAGUUGCGGAACUGGGAGCGAGGACAACGAUUCUGAGUUUGAAUGAGUGCACUGAGUUUCUGAGUUCCAUAAACAGGUUGGAUGGUUGCAAGGAGAGGGUAUCUUUGUUGUUGGUGAACAGAAACAGGAACGAUGAUUUGUGGGAUUUGAUUAAGGGAACCAAGGAGAAUCUGGUCGCGACGAUGAAAAAGGAGGAAGAAGGGAAAAUGGUGGUGACUGCGGUGGGGAAUGAGUCGAGAAAGUUGACUGGGUUUAGCGAGUUGUAUCGGUUGGCGUCUCGGGGGAGGUGGAUUGAGUUUUGACUUUAGUCAGUUUCAGGCCCCAAAUGUUUUGUGCCGUUGUGAUUACUUUUGUUUUUGGGUUCUUUUCCCCCUUGAGUAGUGUACAUAAUCAUUUGAGUUGUCCUAUAUUUGAUUUGAUUAAUGCAAUUUAUUAAAGGA